CGUGACAUCACAGGCCCGGGAUAAAUAAGAGGGGGCUUUGACCAUGGCUCAGGACCACUCUGUCUUGGGACUUCAGCUUCUCCUCUCCUCUCUUUCCGCUCCUCCAGCUCCUUACUCUCCAAAAUGACCGAGUUCACACCGGACCAGAUUGAGGACUUCAAGGAGGCUUUUGGUCUCUUCGACAGAAUUGGUGACAGCCAGGUGGCCUACAACCAGGUUGCCGACAUCAUGCGCGCUCUGGGCCAGAACCCCACCAACAAGGAUGUUACCAAGAUUCUGGGCAACCCAACCGCCGAUGACAUGGCCAACAAGAGGCUCAACUUCGACGCUUUCCUGCCCAUGCUGAAGCAGGUCGACGCCCUCCCCAAAGGCACCUACGACGACUACGUUGAGGGUCUGCGCGUCUUCGACAAGGAGGGCAACGGCACAGUCAUGGGCGCUGAGCUGCGUAUCGUGCUGUCCACCCUGGGAGAGAAGAUGAGCGAGCCUGAGAUUGAUGCCCUUAUGGCCGGCCAGGAGGACGAGAACGGCAGUGUGCACUAUGAGGCUUUCGUGAAGCACAUCAUGUCUGUGUAAGAGGCCAGCAGUAGGAGUGCUGAACAACCUGUAGCUCGCCUACAGACAGCCCAACAGUGUUCAACACAUCUACACUGUUUCAAAGACCAACCAAGGAAAGACAAGGACUAUGUACAAGGGAUGUUGAAGCAAACCCAUCUUGUUGUUUAUUUUGUUUUCCUUUACACUUCGUCUCAAACCCUCCUCUCUCGGGACUUUACCAUCACCUCUCCGUUGUAGACCCCAUCACUCGGCCUCUACUCCCCCCCCGGGGCGCGUCUCCACUGUCCGCAUGGGGUGAGGAACGGGGGAGAAGGGGUGACCGCUCAUCAAGUGAGGGUAGAUCCCUCCCUUCCCACCACCACCUCAUUCAGUCACGCCACCACUGGCCCAGCAAUGCCAAAGGUGCUGGAGUAUGGUCGUGGAUUGACCGCCAAAAGUCUCCCUCUUCCCUGAAAAGUUUUAUUUAUUUUCACUCUGUUCAUUUCAGAAUAAACUUUUCCAACGUACAUCCCA